CAGGGUGGCAAUGCCUCGGGCAAGCCCAAGUUUGGCAGCAUCGUAGAAGAUCCUUCUGAGCGAGCCAAGGCCGAGAAGCGAGCUGCCAGAUUUGCUGCAGCGUAAGCUGCUCAGCUCAUAGGCAGCUGGUUACUCAAGAUGGAAGAUGAUGACUGGCAAAGAUGUGAAUUUAGCUGGACUGAAGCUCAAGAAAGGCAAAGGAGUAACUGAAAAAAAAAUGUUCAAGAUCUAGGUUUAUAAUGAGAGCGUCUGGAAGGGAACGGAAGGUGGGAUGGGAUGAAAUGGCAUGUGUAUCAUACGAAAGCGCUUUUUCUAAUAAGAGGCAAAAAACGGCGUUUUUUUUUUUUGGUUUUGAAACGAUUUACUGCAUUUUACCCUGAUGAUGCUGCUGCUGUUGGAAGCAAAUGCCUGUCCAUACCAGCUGUUGGCCGGCAUAUGCGAUUCUGGGACUGUGUUCAAAGAGAACCUCGUAAAAGGAAAUGAUGUUGGCCUAGACGCCAAUAUGCACAAAGUAACAACCUACGGUAGAACCAAUGCCAAAGAGGUUAAUGGCCUUUAGGGUCUGAGCAAAGCUCAUCUGCCAGCUUCUCAUAUAAAUGGACCGCUCUAAAUAUCCAUCAAUCAGGUAAUUACCCUUUCAUUAGC